AUGUGCGUGAUGCGAUAUCUGGUGUUUAUGUUGCUGUGCGGCGCCGCAUACGCUGAUAAAAAACCACUUUAUCUUGGAGUCUUCCUAGCAACGGAUUCUGCUUUUCGAUCGUGCUCACCUUACCGAAACGAUAGCAUGCUCCAAGAUUACCUAAAAGCAUUUGUUGGAGGGAUGGCACUUUAUUUUCAGGAGGCAUCGUCACCGAUAAAAGUUAGUUAUCUGGGAUCACGCAACCUUACUGAGGAAGAAGAACGCGACGUAUUAGGAAUCAAAGGAAAUGAAGAGGAUAUCACUGUAAAAGGAGCUGACGCUAUUAAAGCGCUCGUAGAGGUCACUAUAAGCGAGGAUUUCCUUGGAUAUAACAAGCUGUUUGUUGUCCUCACAGGAUUAAAUAUUACCGAGGAAGAAACUAAACAUAAGGCUAACAGAGAUGCAGUCACUCCUAGCAGCGGCGACAGUUCCGAUGAAGACUAUGAUGAAUAUAUGAGCCUCAGCGCUCGUUCCGGCUCUAAAAAGAAAGUUUUUCAAAAUGUACCCGGGUUAUCACAAUAUGGCACCAUUUGUGGCAUGACGAGCGCCAUUGUCCAGGAUUUUGGAAGCAAUUUUAGCGGAAUCCCUUCUGCAGCUUCGCAAGUUGCAACCGUACUUGGAGCAAAAUACAAAGGAAAUAUUUCUAGGCGAGUCUGCCUUGCGUAUGAACCCGGCCCCACAAAGUUCGAUGAUGAUGAGUGCUAUAUAAUCUUGAAUUACGGUGAUCAAGAAGAGGGUUUUGAGUGCCUGGAGGAGCCCAUUAAGGAUGCUGAGACCGAGUUGAUGACACCUAAUCAAUUUUAUGCAAAGUACUCCAGCUGGUCUCCGUGCAGAGCUUCCUACCUUGGUUCUCAAGAGUGUCAGAAUUCCAGCGAGUCGUCAUCCGAAAAUAGCAAAUGCACUAUAUCGUGCUGCGCUGAGUAUAGUUGUUUUCAAUUAAACGUGAAGUUAGGUGACAUUGCUGCUCCGGACGGUGAGAACUGUGACGCUGACAAGAUUUGCGUGGGAGGCAAAUGCAUCGUGAACACGACAUCUGUUGGAGGAAAGUAA